AUGGUCACCUACCAGGGUGCUCUCAAUGAGCUGACAAGCUGCCUGAACACCAACACACUGCUCGACCUUGCACACCGGUUCUCGGAGACGUACAAAAACCUUGCGAAGACCUCCACCGAGCACUUUCUGAUCACGCCUGUCACUGCUUUGCCAACUGGGAAAGAGCAUGGGAAAUUUCUCGCUAUCGACGUUGGCGGCUCAAACCUGAGAGUGGGGUUUGUCGAGCUGGCAGGAGAAUCUGCGAUAGUCGACCAUGGAAAUCACGACACCGAAAUUGAUGUUUCCUCGAGGAUCAAGCGGAGUCACGACAAGAGCUGGCCCAUUGGAGAACACCUGAAGAUGGACCAGCCAGAGGACCUCUUCAAGUGGAUCGGCGACUGUAUGGCUGAGGUGAUAAGAGAAGCCAUCGGCAAUGCCUCCAUCCCAACAGACCGCGAGAUACUGUUGGGUGUUACCUUUAGCUUCCCCAUGGCGCAGUCGAAGUUGUCAGAAGCUACAGUGUUGCCUAUGGGGAAAGGCUUCGCCGUCACUACGGACCUGGAUCUGGGCGAGAUGCUGCUUGCUGGUUACGCACGCCAUUGCUCGACAACUGCCACAGAAUCAGCUGCUGAUACAUCAAGAGCACGUACCAGCGACCCUCUACCGAGCAUACGAGUCACGGCUAUCACCAAUGACACAGUAGCGACCUUCGUCUCGCUAACCUAUGCCGUGAAGGCUGCGCCCAACAGCCGAGUCGCAAUGGGUCUUAUCGUUGGAACAGGCACAAACGCCACUGUACCUCUGAGGCCAAGUUACCUGCAUCCCGAAAAGCAGAGCCAGGUACAAGGACUCGCAGCAACUGACACCGUCGUCAUCAACACCGAGUGGACCAUCCGUGGUACCGACAAACCACUCGACGACCUAGGCAUCAAGACGAAGUGGGACCGGAUCUUGGACAAGAACAGCGACGCACCUGGUUUUCAGCCCUUUGAAUACAUGACCUCUGGACGGUAUCUCGGCGAAAUCGUGCGCCUGGCAUUCGUUGACUUGAUGUCGGCUGAGGUCGACCCGCUCUCUUGCAACGUGGAAAAGAUACCAGAGGAUUUACAGCACAAGUACAGCUUACCAACGAGGUUUCUCUCGGAAGUCGUGGCGCGUUUAGACAACGACAUCCAUUUAACAAACCGUUUGCAGUCAAGAUAUCAACCUUACGAAAUAGACAUUGACAACUUCGAUUGGACCCCAAAGAGGUUACGGCUGCUGCGCAACCUCGCACGAGCCGUUCAACAACGCUCCUCGGCACUCAUAGCAGCGGCCUCCGUCGGUCUCUUGGACUGUGUAGGAGACAUCAGCCUGCGCAAACAGAGCACGGUUGAGCCGGACCCAAACGACGAGAAAUUGGACAAACCUGCGGACGUCGAAGAGCUCGUCAUCGCCUACACAGGAAGUACCAUCUCACAGUACCCUCACUGGCUCGAUGACUGUCAAGCAUGUAUAGACAAACUUGUCGCCGCAUCUGCAACGCACCCAAAGAAGAGAGUGAUCUUGAAAGAAGCUCUCGACGGCGGUAUCAUUGGCGCUGGCGUACUCGCUGGGAUGGGCAGCAUGAUACUGUAA